GCUAGCCAUAAGCCAUAAACCUCGCUGCACACGCGACGAAACAAAGCGCGAUCACGAGGCAGAGGUUUUGGAAGGGAGUCUUUCUCGGCAAAGAUCGAUGGCGGUCCCGGCGAUGGCCGUAGCAGCCCUGUUCGCCCUCGCGGCGCUGGGCGGCGUCGCGGAGGCGCAGCAGCUGAGCACCGCGUACUACGACGGCUCGUGCCCGCACGUCUACGACACGGUGCGGCGCGUGGUCCAGGAGGCGCGCGCCUCCGACCCGCGCAUCCUCGCCAGCCUCCUCCGCCUCCACUUCCACGACUGCUUCGUCAAUGGUUGUGACGCGUCGCUGCUGCUCGACGAGACCCCGACGAUGCGCAGCGAGAAGGCAGCCGACCCCAACAACGGCUCCGCGCGGGGGUUCCCCGUGGUGAACGACAUCAAGGCCGCCCUGGAGAACGCCUGCCCAGGCGUCGUCUCCUGCGCUGACAUCCUCGCCCUGGCCGCCGAGGUCUCCGUCGAGCUGGCAGGAGGUCCGUACUGGAGGGUGAUGCUGGGCCGGAGGGACGGCAUGACGGCUAACUUCGACGGCGCCCAGGACCUCCCAAACCCGAAGGAAGCAUUGAACGAUCUGAAGCAGAAGUUCGCCGACCUCGGCCUCGACGACACCGAUUUUGUUGCCCUCCAAGGGGCACACACGAUCGGCCGCGCCCAGUGCACGUCCUUCCAGGACAGGCUCUACAACUUCAGCGGCACGGAGCGGGCGGACCCGACGCUGGACCGGUCCUACCUCGCCGCGCUCCGGGAGAGCUGCCCGGCGGCGGUGAGCGGCGGCAACACGCGCCUGAACAACCUCGACCCGGCCACGCCGGACACGUUCGACAACCACUACUACGCCAACAUCCAGAGCAACCGCGGCCUGCUCAGGUCCGACCAGGCGAUGCUCUCCGCGACGGAGGAGGGCGCGGCGUCCACCACGCCGAUCGUCGCGCGGUUCGCCGACAGCCAGACCGAGUUCUUCAAAAGCUUCGCGACGGCCAUGAUCAAGAUGGGGAACAUCGCGCCCCUCACCGGGGGAAUGGGGCAGGUCAGGAGGGACUGCAGGGUGGUGAACUGAACCUGAUUCUGUUCUGAUUGUAGUUUGCUCCUCAAUAUAUAUUCACUCAUCACUCAACAUGUAAAUUCAUGAUUCUUUU